ACAUUCUUCCUCCUCCGCGUUUGCUCCAAUCUCUUUCUCUCUCCUCCUCCUCCACCUGAAUCUCCCUCUCUCUCCUCCAAGAACAGGGGCGGCGAAGCAGCUAAGCCGGAUUUCGUGGUUGGUGGCCUCUCCCCUUCCACCACCAGGCUCGCCCCGCCGCUGCCGCGAGGUGCCCGGCCGCCUGUUUCUUCUCUCCGGUGCAUUUCGAUCUGAUUCCCCCGUCCGAUUUCGUGUCCGUCCUGCUUCACACCCGGAUGGUUCGAAUCGAUUCUUAAGGAGUGCUAUAGGUUUAUCGAGAACCUCAUAAAUCAGCUGUAUUUUGUUCAGAAACAAAUGAAUCGUGGCGAAUGAAGAGUUUAGCGAUGUGCCUUAGUUGAAUGGUUCCAUUGCCACCCUGUUUGGCUGAUUUUGUUCAGACGAACUCAUCUUCAAGCUUAUAUGGGUACAGUUGCUGCAUAGGUAAUUUGAGCAAGUCCCAGCCACUUCCAGAUUAUAAACCAAAAACAUCUGUAAGAAAGAAGCCUCGCCAUUUAUCUAUUGGAAAAAGAAGGCAAUGCUCAUCAGGCCUAGAAGCAAUGGAGAACAAUGUUAGUGUAUCCGUGUCCCUUGAGGGGAAUAUAUCAUCACUUCCCAACUCUAUCAUCAAUGAUUCUAAUGGGAAAGAUACCUCAUUCAUCAACCAUGCGGCUAUAGCAUGGGCCGAGAUGAGAAGGCAAUGGACCGGAGACCAGGAGAAAGUUCCUAAAGAGGCAUCACAAGAGCCAAUAAUAAGCUGGUGCACAACAUAUGAUGAUCUGUUGUCGACAAGUGAGCGUUUUCCGCAGCCAAUCCCGUUAUCUGAGAUGGUUGAUUUUUUGGUUGACAUAUGGCAUGAAGAAGGGCUCUAUGAUUAGUUGGGUUUGACUGUUUCUAAUAGUUAUCCUGAAAAAAAAAAAGAAAAGAAACUACAAAUUAGUAAGCAGGAUUAAUCUCAAAUUGGGUAUUGGAAAAGAAAACUGUAAUUGUAAAAGCUACAAAAUGGUGUUGAUAUGAUUUUGUGCUA